UAAAUAAUGGCAUCAAUAAGCAAUAGUAAUAAUCAGCUAACUGUGCUAAUAGCACCGGGAUCAUUUGUCGGUCCGCUAAUGUCGGCCAUCGGUAUUGGCGAAGUAUUGCGCGACAGUGGCCACUAUCGGGUAGUAUUUGCCGUCACUGUUGACUGGCGCCAAAAAUUGCAAACAAUGAACUUCGAGGUUGAACUUAUCGGUGAGGAACAGUCGGUAGUGGAUAGUGUCGAAACCAAUGUCGAAGUAUCUCAGAGACUAUCAGGUAAUCAAAGUCUAUUAGAUAAGUCGGUUAUGUUGUAUGAAACGUGGAAUGAUUACAUACCGGUGCUGGAAGUCAAUGAACAGUACUAUCGGGCUGUUAUUCAGCGGAUACGACCUGAUGUUAUUGUUAGCGAACAUUUGAAUAUAUCGCCAACGAUUAUCAACUACCAGUGCGUUAAAGUAUAUUUCAAUAGUAACGGUGCACUAAUGUUGGAUAUGAUACACGAUGACCCAAGAUUGCCGCCAUCGCAAUUAGGAUUGUCAGUUAAUAGCGACAAACAAGAGUGGGAAGAGUGUAGAAGCAAACUAACAAAAGCUAAAAACAUUUCGUUCAAUCAGUGGAACAGUUGGCUUCAAGGAAACGGAUGUCCGCCAUUGCCUAAGAAUCAAUUUCUAUAUCCAUCUCCCGAUGCAAACUUUUAUUUGACACCCAAAGAGCUAGACUAUACUGAUAUUAGGCCACUGCCCGACAAUUACUAUCAGUUUGACUAUUUUAAACGUACAGCCAAUGAUGACGAUGUGUUUGAACUGCCGGAACAAUUCAGACAAAAAUCAGGAAAAUUGAUUUACUUUUCGUUGGGAUCGAUGGGCAGCGCAGAUGUCGAUCUAAUGAAACGUUUGGUCGGUAUGUUAGCCAACUCAGAGCACAGGAUUAUUGUAUCGAAAGGUAUCAAACACGACAAGUAUGAGUUGGCGGACAACAUGUGGGGCGAGAGGUUUGUCCCGCAGAUAAAAGUGUUGCCAAUUGUCGAUCUAUUCAUAACACACGGCGGAAAUAACUCGGUGACCGAAUGUAUGUAUUUCGGUAAACCUAUGAUAGUGUGUCCCAUAUUUUUCGAUCAAUACGAUAACGCACAGAGAGUUGAGGACAAGGGUUACGGUAUACGACUCAAUCCAUACGAGUGCUCUGAACAACAAUUAUUGCAAUCAAUUGAUAAACUAUUAAAUGACACAAAAUUGUCUGAAAAAUUGUCAAAAGCGGCCAAAAGAAUACAAACUGAUAAACAAAUUGAAAAAAUACCAGAAAUUUUUGAUAGAUUAGUCAAAAAUAAAUUAAAUGUUUAA